AUGGCUGAGAAGAGUGCAUGGAUGAUACAGACAAUUUGCCAGCUUCCAACACAGGGUAAAGAAACUAUUCAAGGUAGGUAAGAGUUGUCAAUGAAAACUCUUAAAUUCUACCUGAUGUGUGACAGUUAAUAUCCUGUGACUUACUGCAUGCUAUAAAGAGCUCAUUGUCUGGUCCAUGGAUACAGGUUCAAAAGGCAUAUCCUCUCCCUCUAGCACUCACAAUAUUGUGAUAAUGUACUAAUGUCUUUACUGAGCAUUAACUUCCUGUCUAUUAGCGAAGUAACUGAGUCAGAUAACGCCUAUCAGCAGGUCUAAGUUCAAGUAGGGUCUAAAUACUUGUUCGCUGACCAUGUCAAGAGUUUGUCCUACUGAAUUCAUUAUAUGACCAUGUGCAAAACAAAAGAAAAGGACUAUCCAGAGAUUUUGACUUUUUUGACUAAGCUUUGUAUAGCAAUAAUAAACCUAUAUAACAGAGUUGAAGAAUGGUUACAAGAUUGCAGUUUUUCUUACAACAUGCAAUGCUCGUGUCAAAAUUCCCAGUUUAGGGAGUAAAUCUUUGACGUGCUGCCACAAACACACAGUAUUUAUCAGAUAUUUAAAUGCUAUAGGCAUCGGAUGCCAUGUAAAUGCUAAACCUUGGUGUAUUUUAUUGCAGAGCUCAGCAAAGCAUGGAAAACCAUCUCUAACACGAAUGCUGCUGUAAGUAUUCAAAGACAUAAAAAAAGUUUAGGCUUUAGAUUUUUUUUUCUAGCUUGGGAAAUCAUGUUCCCUUUUUGACAUUUGAUAAAAACCUUUCAGUCUCUGGGUGGUACAUGCCUUACUGCAUAACUUUACUAACCUUCCCUACACAAGUGCCAAUCAUUUUGUACUUUUAGUAUGUCCUUGGUAAAUUAUUUAUCCACAUUUCACUAUAUUUAGUGUUUCUCAUCAGUCUUUGCACACUUUCUUGCUCAUAUUUUAUUUUGUAAUUUUUAAGAAUUAACAUGUUUUGGUGGCAAAAGUAUCAUUUGAGGAAAAUAAUUAAUUCAGAUUAUUAUUACUAUUUUGCAACAGUUGAGACGUCUGGAAGAGAAGCUGGAUGUGGGCCCCACAAGAGGUGCUGUGUGUGACCCCUUCAUGGAGACUAAGAAGCCACCAAGCAGUGCAAUGCGCAAAGUUAGCCGAAAGGGUAAAUAUUGAUUUUCUGCGAAAUUGGGCAGUUUCUUGAAAACAAAAUUAGGUAAUCUCCAGUUUCAAUUUUGGUCAUACUGAACGUGGUCAAUCUUUAUAUUCUGGCCUUAAGCAUUUCGCAGCAGUUACGAGAUAAAUAUAUCUCUGGUAAAUGAAUAGCAUUUUCUGCAUAAAUGUCAACAAGAGAACUGCUAUUGUAGUAUCAACCACAGGCCUGGUGCUCCGUUGCAUUAUUUUCUAGUGCGCAUGCAUGUCAAAUUGCCAUGCUGCACCAAUCAAAUGCUCUCUAGAAGAGUCAUUUGAGCUAUAACAGUUUAACACGUUUAUAGCUGCGGAAACAACACUAGUGGUGUGUUAACGCAAUGUAUUUAGUUGCAGGGCUAAAAAGACAGGGGCAUGGCACCCAAACCACUUCAUUGGGAUGAAAUUACAUAUUUCAUCAUAUAGAGGCCACAGUUACUAAAAGCACAUGCUAUGUUUUCUGGAUUAAUUGACUUGUAAUGCUUAAAAUGCUGGUAAUUAAAAUAUUACAUUUUAUGUAGAGUCAUAAUAAUAAAAAAAGCAUGUAGAACAUUUCUAACAAAUGUUGACACCCUGUAUUGGUAUAAUGAUUUGGGUAUACUGUUUUUUGGGGGGGGGUUUAACAGCACUUUAUGUGGCUGCCUUGUCCAUUAAUGCAAAAUGUUUUCAUGACACAACGGGUGAAAAAUAUAGGCGUUUCUAAUGCCUUGCAUUUCUUUUAUCUAUAGAUGGGAGAUACUCAGAAUCCAGCAAUAAUUAUAUUAGCAAAUCCUCAAACCCAAGUAAAGCUGGUAGAGAGAAAUUAUCCCGGAGUCCCCUGCGUGCUACCACUCUGGAAAGUAACGUGAAGAAAACCAGUCAUGUGGUGUUUCGAGAGCCCCUGGAAUCUUACCGGUAAGAGGGAAAUAUCAUUUCAGCUUGUUUUUUUUGUUUGUUUUUUUUCUGCCAGCUCUGGAAUCCCUGGGAAGAAGUCCAACAAACUCUACCUUACUGUCUUUCUUCUCCUCUGUUCCAUAUUUAUCUUCUCUCAGUUGUCAAAUUAUAUCUACAAAAAAGUCUCUCUCUCCCCUCCCCUCCCUCAAAUAAUAUUUGCAACUGUCGUAGUAAUCCAGGUUUUGUCGUCAAAACAUUUUAGGUAUUAUGUUCCUUGCUUUUCAGGGACUCUGCAAGUGCUUUAUCCACUGCAAAAGAGAGGUCAACUGUGCGGUUAUCGUCUGGUCUAAAUGCUGGAGGAUCAGAGCAAAGAGAUUUUGAUAGCACUCGUUCCUCGGCUGUGGAUGACACUGCAGUACGAUAUUUAAAUGACCAACCAGCCAUUGAUGCUUUGGAAUGGAGAGUACCAACACCUCACAGUGGUGCUUCUGAGUUUACCUUUCAAACAGAUUAUGCAAGGACAGGGCCACUUGAUGCAGCUCAGCAAUCCCUUUCAUUCAGCCCAUCAAGUAACAGGCUAGAAGCAUUAAAGAGGCGGCAACCUGAUCCCAAAUUAGAUAAGCUAAAGGAGAGAAUUCGCCGACAAUGGGAGCUGUCUGGAGAAAGGCAUGCCGGGGACCGAAUACCUAGCGCAACUAAUUUUACAGAGACUAUUAGCAGUGUAAAGACCCGCAAAGUGACAUCUGCUCCCCCUCCCCCUGUUUACCCAGGUGAAACAUGCCAUUAUCUUGUUAUUCAUUUUGUUAUUUCUUUUAAUGAAUUGUGAAUAUUGGCUGUCAGCUUGUAUUGUAUUGAUAUAAGCAGGGGCUUGCUUGCCACAUCCUGAGCAGUGUUGCUUGAGGCAAUUAGUAUUUUCCCCCUCAAGUAAUAAUACCACAGGCCAGCCUUACAUUAACGUAACUUUAAUCAGAUCCAUGUUGGUGACCAAAAAGAACAAAAAAAAAUGUGAAACAUGAUCAAGCAUUAAGCAAUACUGCUUGAGAAUUACAGUAGGAGUAGACUUUACAGAGCUAUCAUUUAUAUAAAGUGCUCUCUGAGAACGUAUUUUAGAAUUCUUUGUAAAGUGUACCAUACUUGUCUACCUGAAAAUACCGCUUUAAAAGCAGCAAAUUUAAUACAUAUGGCCAAAUUACUAGUAUAGAUCAGGAGAUAUGUGGUGGUCAUGCUGUUUUGUAAACCCCUUAGAUUAGAAGCACAUCAACUUGUGUUUGCAUAAACUGACCCUUGUGUAUAAUCGUAAUAUCUUAAAAAAAUCUUUUGAUUUCUAAAUACUGUUUCAUAUGGAAUUGAAAAUGUAUUGCAAAAUUUCUGCAAAGUAGUCUUGAUACAGGAACACUAUAGUGUUUGGAAUAAAAACCUGUAUUCCUAAUGCUAUAAUGCCCCUAGUCCAUAGUUCCAAGCUCCCCACAACUGCAAUAAAAAUAAUAAAAAAAAAAUAAAUAAAUUUGGAUUACUUUUUUCUACAGUGUAGAGACUCCCUAAUAUUUGUGAUUCUGUUUUCAGUUCACUAGCGUUUAUGGAGUAGUUAAUAAACCGUGUUGUUUCCUACUUCUACCACUUGCAAAAUAUGUAGAUUAUUUUUGUUUCAAUAUAUCGAUUAUUUUUGUUUCUUGUUUCAAAGCAUAUUUUACAUGUGGCAGACUUUUAGGAAAACAUAAGCAUUCUGAUUAUUAUUAAUUUUAUUUAUUUUUAAUCCGUAAUACUGCAAAUUCUAUGAUAUUUGACUUGGGUGUUUGCAUAGGUUUGUUUUGUCUAUAGAAUAAUGUGAAUAACCAUAACUUUAAACUUAACUGCAUCUAACUGUAACCCUUUAUUUAGGAUUUAACCCCGCUGAAAUGAAGGUCCGUACUCCAGAUGGCAAGCUCUUGCAAGAAGAGGAGUUUAAAAAUCUCAGCCCCCAUCUGCGUGCCUCUCUGAUGCCCACUUCACAAGGUGAAUAUUUUAAUGUUUUUGUAUGUGCAGUAGUGAACAAAGAAUCUAUUUACACUGAGGUUCAAAAACUGAAAAUGAAUUGACUUGCAGAAUUUUUCCAAUUGGCUCUUGUCCUGAUUUUUGGAAUUCGCUUUGAAUUCCCAACAAUUCACAAUUUAGUGAACAAACCUGCUAGUUUGAUCUGCAUGCUAAAAGUUGUCAGAUGCUGCACUAAACAUUUUGAGGCAUCGCUGGUUUGUGUGCUACCGUCCUAUUUGUUCCCAGUGGAAAUAUUGUAGGUGGAAAUCCUACAGACUUUCAAACAAAUAAGAAUUCUGUAACAGUACACAAGGUGGCGCUACAGGUUAUAUCUUGGGCAUUUUACAGAGGUCAUUCUAGGCAAACUUGGCACUGUGAGAAAUAAAUAUCUACUUUCCAAUUAAGAAAGAAAAGAAAAAACAGUUGAUAUUUUUUUUUUAACUUUUCAAUAUCGAUAACCCCCAAAGAAAAUAUGGAUGUUUGUUUCCACAUGUUUUCUUUGGGGGUGUAUUAAAAAACGGUUUGCUAAAGCUGCAGACCUGCGUCCUCCCUUCUUUCCCUGACACAGACUUUAAGUCUGUGCUGGGGAACACACCAAUUAGAGGCUUCGCUUUGAGAAGCCUCAGUGGUGGAGCCAGGAGUGAGCGCAUACGUGAUGGUACCUUUCCUGUGCUUGUCCGUGAUCUGUUGUAUAGCUCAUUGAGAGGUUGAGAAGGCAGACAUGCUCUAACUUAGCGUGCCUGGAGCGGAAGAAACUUUCCUUGGCUUUCUGAAUUUACACUUUCAUAAACUGUCACAGAUAUGACAGACUCCAAACAUUUAAAGCAUGUUUUAUGUCUCUGAAAUGUUCCUUUAAAUGGGAAAAAAACAGAUAUAUGAAGUAUAUACCAGAAGCGAUCCUAAUGUUGGCUGUUUCUCAUUUUCUUUUUUUGCUGUUGUUUAUGUUAAGACCUAUCUACUAAUGAUGAUAAAUCACGAAGCAAGAGACCAUCUAGACCGGUGAGAAAAGUACAACGAUUGCCUGGAGGUGUGGGAACUGGCAGUCCAGAGAAUAAGUCAGGUGACUAAAUAUUACAAACGUUGGGUACCUGUGUGAUAUCAAACUCUCUGAGUGAACUAAUUGUUAAAGAUCAGACAGUCAGUACCUUGGGAUAUAUACUUUCUUCUUUCUUUUUAAACUAGAACUGUCUCUUUUGGGAUCUAUGUAUUUUUGUAAAGCACUCCUGCUUACAUUUGGCACCAGGGUAAGACGUCUGAGAUGGAUAUCCUUAACUGAUUUUUUUUUUUUUUUUGGUUUUAAAUCACAUCACUGUUGUAUUGUUUGCCUCUCUUAAUGGCGAUUUUAGUGGUACUAAACAGUGCUGUUGUUUCACUGCAUAGGGAUUUAGAUUAAUGUGCAAGUAACUUUUUUGUUUUAUGUAUUUUGACUAACGAAAGCUAUAGCGAUUUCUGCUGCCAUGGAGUGAUGGGAGUAUGAGUUCAUAGAUUAUUUUUUUCUGUGUAUUUUUAUUGUACAGUUUGUGCUUGGGAAAUCAAUAAAAAAAAUAAAAAAAAUAAAAAAAUAAAAAAAAAGAGUUGUAAAACUUUUUUACAGCUCUGCUAAUUUGAUCAAAAAUUUUCUUUUCCAACUCAUCACAAUUCAUUUUAGUAAAUAAACCACAGAGAAAGCACUGCCAAAAAGAAAAAUAUGAGUGGAAAAAACUGAAUAAACCACACAUAAUUUUUUUUUUUUUUUUUUAUUACUACAACCCACAGGACAUAUAAUCAGCACAUCUUCUUGGAGAGAUGGGCAGAAGUUGGUGAAACAGAUCCUUGGCCCUGCACCCAAGGUUGAGAAAUCUUCAAAAAAUAUGUCCAUGGACAGGCAUGAUAGUAAGUUGACUUUGUCUGUUGAUGGGCAGUUGGAUAGGAAACCAAAAUCUGCUGAGAGAGAUGCAAGUAAAAGGACCGUGUCCACAGAGAGACAAAAGGAAAAGCAGCCUAAAUCCAGUGACAGACAGACUGUUAAAAGAAGCAUUUCAAAAGAAACACAAGACGACGACCGGGACAGAUCAAGUAAAUCAGGUUAUUUUAUAUAUAUAUAUAUAUUUUUUUUUCUAAUGUCUGGUUUUGUUAAUUUUAGUGCUUUGGUAAUUGUUUUUGUAUAGUUUACAUAAUAAGUAAAAAUGCACCUACGUAAGUUGUUCAGGCUAUGAAAAACAAAUUUUUUUUAUUUUUUUUUAACUUGGUAAAAAAAAUAUUAAUUAAUACAGAAGUGAAUCCAUAAUGCUCAACUUGCCUUAGAAUGAACUCCCAGUUGUAAAUAAGUUGAAAUAGGUACUACAGCCCAGAACAAUUUCAAUCAUGGAAGUCCAUGGUGUGCUUCCAGAGUUGGUUUCCCAAACCACCAAUUCACACCAAGAUAAUUAUGCAUAGGAUGAGGUAGAGGCAUGCAAAAUGCCUGCACUGUCUUAAAUAUGAAAUGUAAAAAAAAAAGUAAAGCCUGAGCUUCAGAAGCUCCUUAGUGUAGUUCCAACAGUGUAGCCAGCAAACAGAGAAAAAGAUGGAGUUCUGCGCAUAAAGUAUGUUUGUGCACACCCAGGUGCUACUGCAGUUUAUUUGAAGACAAUCAUAAGCAUUGGAAAAGGGCUUGUGCCCGAAACGUCUGUUUCUAUUGUGUCCUCAAACUGCAGUAGCACCUGGGUGUGCGCAAACAUACUUGAUGCGCAGAAUUCCAUCUUUUUCUCUGUUCACAGCAAGAUGUUUCUUUAUUCAAGUAUUUAAAAAAUCAGCUCAAUAAAGAGGCUUACUCUACAGCCAGUUUCCACCUUUCACACAGAGUGCCUUAAUUUCUUAUUUGCUAAAAAAAAAAAAAAGCCAAAAAACCCCAAUGAUAUUGAGAAGCAAACUAUAGUAAAGAUCUAUAACCUGUUCCUGUGCCUUUAACAUCUGUGUUUUCAUGCUGCUUCUACUCUGACGGGGCAAGCAAUCCCAUGUGUUUGUUAUGUAGGGCAGGGUUAGUCAGCAUUUAAUGUCAAGGUCUAUUCUGACUAGAAGUCUUGAAUUUCUAUGGCCGACAAUUCUUUAAAAAUGUGCUAGAAGACAAAGGGUGGACAACCAGAGAUAAAUUAUUGGCAUGCAAAUAGAAUUUUAUUGAUGUUACUCACAAUUGUGUGGCAUAUUAGUAUGUUUUUUAACACUGUACGGAACAUGUUGGUCUGGGUGCCUGGUCCCUCUAGGAUUAACCCUUUCUGCUGUAAACAUAGCAGUUUCAGAGAAACUGCUAUGUUUACAAAUGGGUUAAUCCAGCCUCUAGUGGCUGUGUCAUUGACAGCUGCUAGAGGCGCUUCCGCGCUUCUCACUGUGAUUUUCACAGUGAGAAGACGCCACUGGAGAAUGCUUUCCUAUGAGACUGGCUGAAUGCGCGCGGUUCAUGCCGCGCAUUCAGCCGAUGACGGGAAAGGAGGAGGAGAGUGCCUAGAAAAAAGGUAAGGGACUAAACCCCUUCCUCACCCUAGAGCCUGGCGAGAGGGGGACCCUAAGGGAGAGGGGGACCCAAGGACCCUAUAGAGCCAGGAAAACAAGUAUGUUUUCCUGGCACUAUAGUGGUCCUUUAAGGGAAAUCUAAAGCAUUGUGUGAAGGUCACGUUUUCUGUUUUUGAUAUGUUUUACUUCUUGUUCUUUACACCAGAAUCCUUUAGAAAAGAUUGAUUUUUUUUUUUUUUUAGGAAAAUGCAGUAAGAGAUUUUAUUUGUAUUGAAUGAUUAAUGUAUGAGGUUGUUUCCUUGGCUAUUGCGUGAUUUCUCCAAAGUUGCUUAGUACCCUGUUAGAAAUAUGUUUUGACUUGUUUGUUCCUGUGUUAAUAUAUUUACAGCCACAUCACAACUGCAUGAUAACAUAGAUAACUCCGCUAGAGAUCCAUCUGGCAAUACAAAGUCACAUGUACUUCUUGGUGAAAAUAAGCACCAGACUGAACCUACGGAUGUUAAGACAGAUUUUCUGCCUCUGGAGAUCAGGGGAAUAUUGAAUGAUUUACAGCUGGAUAGCACAGUUGAUGUGGCAAAACAGACACGAAGCAGAAGUCACAGUCCAACCAAACGGAAACCUGAUAAAGCACAUCUCAAAGAAGAGCCCCCUAUCUCCUCCAAGAAAAGGCACUAUGACACAGAACAAGUACGCCAAUACAUCCUGCGCCAGCAGGAAGAGAGGAAAAAGAAACAAAAAGAGCAGAGGGAGGCCCAGCGCCAAGCAGAGGAACAGAAAAACAAACGGUUACAGGAACUCUAUCAGAAACAGAAAGAAGCGUUCAGCAAGGCCCGAUCUGUAGCUUUUGAGCCGCAUGAAUCGAUACAGCCUAUCCCCAGUCAGUCUCUGGAUCCCAGUGCCCCGCGGCCACAAGAUUUACGGUCCACGUUGCUGCUAGGACAAGCUUGGCCUGACUUGAGUGAGCAAGAAAAGCAGGUAGGCACCAUUAAAUGUAAAACCAUAGUCAACUUAAUUAAAUAUAUGCCUUACAAUGAUGUAUAAGCUUCUUUCUGCCUGCUUUCAUUUGCUGCUUUAUGUUCUUUCAUUAGAGCAUAACCUUGUGUACAAAGGGACAUUGCAAGUUUGUAUUGAGACAUUUUAUUUUAAUGCAUUACAUCAUUAUAUUAAAAUGUGCAAAAAACAAUCCAUUAGCACCAGUGUUAUCCAAACACCAGUGUUUUCAUAAAACACUAUUUUAGUUAGAGUAACACUUUUUUUCUGGCGCCCCCCCGCCCCCAAUUCAUAAUAAAGAAAAACUUUUUAAACUUAUCUCUUUUUCAUUGCCAAGGCCAAGUUUUUCUGUGCAUGUUGACAUCAGAUGCCAAAUUUACACAAAUAAAAAUAAUGUACCCCUUAUUUCAGGCUGGCUUAUAACUCCCAAUGAAGCUGCAAAAGGUGUUGUUACACCUCCAUCAGCAGAGGGGUUAAUAUGUGAAUGUGCAAAAAAGAGGGGAAAUGACCUAAGCGCUAAAAAGGCAUUCAAAAGGGGGGAAAACUAGAGAAUUACAGCCUCUUAUGUAAAUAUAAUAUCGGUGAUGAGUAUAUGCAGAUGAAAAGCUGCUACUCACAAAAGCCCUAGAUCACAGGUCUUAUAAUCUCUAUCAAGCGCAUGUAGAAGCCUCCCUCCCUAUUGCUGAACUCUACUCAUUCCAAGAUUAGUAUCAGUUGUUCUAAAUGUCACUGGCUCUUUAGUUCCCACCCACCGUAUACAUAAAAUACAGCUUGAAAGCCAUAUUGUAAAACAUGUUCUUUCUUGGGAUUAUAAAAAUUACUGUGUGCUUUAGAGCCCUGGCAUUAUCUUGGGAAUGAGGAGAGUGGCAGUGAGGUGGAAUAAACAAAAUGGGAAUCUGCACACAAAAAAUGUCAGGAGUAUUUAUUUCAAUAUUAAGUGUCUUCAUAUUGAAUGCAGAAAAAUACAUGUAACAAAAACAUGAUCCUAUUGGUCUGUUUCAAGGUCAAACCUUUGUAUCAGCCCUCGGGGGAGUCUGACAAGGAGAACAAGUGUCAGGAGAGACCUCCUAGUGCCUCUUCCAGCAGUGACCUGUCCCUCUCAGAACCUCUGCAGCCUCUUCUCAGGUAAGCAUCUGCUGAUUGGAGCUUGUUUUCAUGGUGUACUCUUAUAUGUUCCCCUAUGUCUAUUGCUUUUUGUUAUGUGUAAGAUUUGUGAGAAAGGUCAUUUUAAAAUGCAGAAAAGCAGUAGAAGACACUAUUUGUGGGGUUGUAUCGUUGGGAGACUAAGUCCAGCCAUUUUUCAUGGCUGUGGUUUGUUCAUAUCUACCCAGCUCCAGUAGGCCAUUAAUGGCUGACCUUGAUGGGUUCAAAGUCAAAAUGUUCAAAUGUACAAUAGCCGUAAAAUAUAACUCCGUUCGCAGCAGACGUAUUUGCUUCUCAAAAAGAAAGGGAAACGAUUAAAAUUGGGGAAUUUAAUUUCCUAGUUUUGAUUAUUUGUAUGCAGAUAGCCGGUUCCUGAACCUCAUCCAUUAUAUGAAAAUGGGAGGUAAAAUUGUACCUCACUGAUGUUGUGUGCAGUCUGUUGGAAAUGGAAAAUAAUAGACUGAUCCUGCCAUCUACUGUUUCCAAAAUGAUACAGGCUUACAGUUAUUUUUUUGGGAAAAGGAACAUGGAUACUUUGUAUUUUCUUUAUUAGUGGUAGUGUUCAAUGGAUUCUGUUAUGUACCAAAGUUGCUCUUAAAUUAAAUGCAUAGUGCAAUCUCUUUUGCAAUCUAAACCACUCUGCUUUAAAGUGGUGAGAUUAUUUUUUUUCUUUUACAGAAGUAUGUCUGCGCAGAACUGCAUAACUGUCUCUCUCAUGUGUAGUAAAACUGUGUUGCCAUGUUUUAAUGUAAUACAAAUAUGAUAGCAAACUAUAUUAUGCCCACAUUGCCUACAUUUUGUUUGUUUACCUCUGGUUUUUAUUAUGCCCACAUCAUGCCACAUUACCUCUAUAUAUUUCUGUUUGCUUUAUUUUAUUAUGCCCACAUUGUCCAUAUGCCACAAUACUAACAUUUUAUUAUGUCCACAUUCAUGCUACAUUUACUUUGUCUAAAAUCACAACAACAUAAGUGAUUUGUAGGCGCUUAUACAGUUAUAACAGCUGUUAGACACUGAACUGCGCACUCCACAAACCCAACAAAUAUAGUAUGAAACACACUGCAAAACUCAGUGUUUAGGUGAGAAACCCACCACCUAAAACAACCAUGUGAUAGUGUAAUGCUAUACCGUAUAGUUAAAGCUUACCCCUCAUUGGAUAUAGGGGAAUAACAUUAUACAUGAAAAGAAAGAAGAGAGAAACCAAUAGGAUAACUCUGUGGAUAUUAUAAUUGGUAUACUUUGUAUUAGAGCCAAACUCACAUUUUGCAGAGCCUUUUUAGGUAUAGGCUCUAAACACACACACAGGUACACUUCCAAGGUGGCAGCCAGACCUAAUGCACUCUCCGGUAAGUCGCACAGGAUUCUCAGAUAGUAGUACUGUCCACCGGAAAGAAUUUGAGUAGCAAAAUCUAGGUGUAGUAUUUGAUAUUCACAUAGGAAAGAAGGUGACUCAAAUAACUAUAUGCUCACCUUUGUCAGAGCCUGUUCCCUGGCUCUGAGUUGGGAGAGUAUUACAUCAACUAUGGGGUGAUACAGCCCUCUUGGAUUCAGGAACCUUGCGAAGAAACGGGGAUUCUGGAUCAAUGUAGUCUUAAAAGUAUACACUAUUUUGUAAACAAUAUAAAUAAAAAUAAAAUGCAAUAAAAGAUAUGUGAAAUUUUAGAAUUUCCUAUUUCACAUAUCUUUUUAUUUUAUUUUUAUUUAUAUUGUUCAAUAGUGUAUACUUUUAAGGCUACAUUUAUCCAGAAUCCUCAUUUCUUCACAAGGUUCCUGAAUCCAAUAGGGCUGUAUCACCCCGUAGUUAAUACAAUACUCUUUAACUUAAAGCCAGGGAAUGGGCUCUGAAAAAGGUGAGCAUAUAGUUAUGAGUCACCUUCUUUCCUAUGUGAAUAUCAAAUACUACACCUAGAUUUUGCUACUCGAUUUCUUUCCUGUGGAACAUAUCUACUUUGCCUGCAUUACUUAAUGUGAGUCUGCGCUAUGUGCUCCCUUACAAGCGGUGUCGUUAUAUACAUCUCGCAGGAGCAUGGCUGAGAUUCAUGCAACCACGUGGCAUGCAUAAUUAAACGCACACAUCUUGGAGAGAUCAGUGGUGAGAUGCCUCUCGUGGACCUGGCAAUACAUACUUUAAUGUUAAGGCACACUCUAUAAAUUACAUCUCAUAAAUCACGGUUAUGGUUGGUUUUAUCACUUAAUACAUUACGGGUGUAUGUUUUGGUUUACAUUUCUGCUUGAAAUGGUUUUUGUAAUUUAGUUUUUAAAUGAAUAAGGAGUAAAGAAAACACAAAGUAUUAAUUGUUUGCGUAGUAAAAUUAUCCUUUAGUUUUUUUCUGCUUAGCAACUUUUUAAGGUUUGACUCCUUUAUAUAGCCCAUAGCCUAGGAAUUGCAAAACACAUACAUUUUCAAGAUAGAUAUUGUGUUUUUUCGCUCUUUUCUUCAUUCAAAUUAGCUUUCUGUUUGCAUUUGAAUUUGCAGUCAUAGUGCUGAAACUACAAUGUGUUUUGUGUGUGUUUUUUGGUACAAUUUUGUAAGCGAUUUUCUGUGUUUGCAGGAGUGAUCUGAUGGACACGUACUGCUUGCAGCCAGACAGAUUGAUCUCAAAGGGCUCAUUACCUCAAAGUCAAUCUGCAGGGGGAACAGGAAUGCUCUCUCAACUCUUCACUCUGCCCAGGGAUGUGGAGUCUUUAAUACAUUUAAAGAAAACUACGAGCACAACGAUUCCAGAAACACAAAGAAAAGGCCUCCAGGGGAAAAUGUCCUCAAAUUUCAGGAGCAACCUUGAUCGCAUUGAGAAUCUAAAGGCAACUGCAGUGUCUCUGUCAUCUAGAAUAGAAAAUGAAGCUAAAAAACUAGCUGGAGGCUCACCAAGUCUCCCGUCGAAUUGGAAUGCUGAUGUUGAACCCAAGCAUGAAAUAAAAACUGCGUGGAAGAAACCAGACAGCCCACCUGAAAGAGAAGCCAGUGAAGACAUUUUCUCUGCCAGGCUUCAGAGGAUGCUGGGGACAUGUACAAGUAAUUUUUCCCAGAGAGACCUUCCUGGUGCGAACAGUCUUUACAAGAUGAUUCCUGACGAUUUUCAUCAAGUAAUUACAUCCCCUGGGAUAUGUGAAGUCCGAAAUGAAGAAACUCCUUUAAUACAAACAGAUCGACUGUUUGAUCUUCAUCACAAUAUUUCCCCCAAAGCUAGUAUCUCUCAAAUUUCAAGCACCAGUUCUAUCAGUGAAGGCCCGCUGCUAAGUGAAGGAAGCCUUUCUGAAGGGGAGGGAGCGUCCCCACAGGCUGGGUCACCUAUAAAUCCAGCAGAAACUCUUAGAAAUAAAGAGUUUUGUGCUAGGGACUCCAGUUCCUAUGCUCCACUUGUUGAAUUCCAAAGGGAGGCCACAAAGUAUCCACCACUGUCAUCCUCUAACAUUGGUUCCCAAGUGAGAGGCCCUUGGGAAGAGCUGUCUAAGGGAAGUCCUCAUAGUGUCAUCAACAUCUUCACUAAAUCAUACCAACUCUUUGGGAAAGGUGAGUGUGUUCUAACAGUGACAUGUUUAUCUCUCACUCAAUUUUUUAAAAUAACUUAUGUAUUUGUCUUUCAAAGGUCUUGAUGAACAGUCAGGAAAGGGUUCACCUGAAAUCCAGCCACCAUAUGGACAUGCCAGCUCCCAGGACAGUGUAUCCUAUGUAGAUGAUUUUAUUUCUCCUUCAGCCAGUGAGAGUACAUCAGACAUUCAGAAGGUUCUGCAACAGAGGUGAGUACGACAUAUCACAAAAAGCCAUCUGUACACAGUCGGAACUCCCUAAAAUUAAAACCCUCCCAAUAAGAGUGUUUAUCUGCCGCUCAAGUGAAACAGUUAAUACAACUGGUUACAAAAGCCUCCCCGUCAUUCCUCCAGAGCUUACAAUAUUAUCAACUUACAGACUUUUUAAAAACGCUCCCAGUUCCAAAGACAGGCCUACGGCCAGAAACUACCUUUGAAACUUUAUGCACAAAGGCUAAGAAACCAAGCAAAACAGUAUCACAAUGCCAUAACCUGAUCCAAUCAGACCAGCAAUCCGCAUUACCACGAUAUGCUAAUAUCUGGAAUGCAUAUCUCCCAGAACCACUGAACGAACAGACGUGGUUGACAAUAUUUCAGAGGACCUUUCACACAGAAAUAUUCCAUUACAAGAUGCAAACUUGAAACUACACAAAAAAAAAAAAAUAGCACCAUCUCACCGUUGCUGGAUAUGUCAUAGGGAAAACAGGGCACACUACAACAUAUAUGGUGGGAAUGCUCAAUAAUAAAGCCAUACUGGAAAGAGGUGAGGAACACUAUCAAAAAUGUAACCGGACAUGCACUAGACAUGAAUGUACCGACAAUGCUAUUUCAUGCACCCGACUUUUCUUCAGCUCAAUCUAAACAUAAAUACAAAAACUCCCUGUUAUACUUUAAGCUCACGACAGCUAAAGUAGAGGUAGCGGUUAACUGGAAAUCAAUGUCCAAACCCUCCCGGGAAGUAUGGUUAGCCAGAGUAGGAAACUUGAGACUUAUGGAGGAAAUUAGAUGGUCUGCAAAUAACUUAUAUACGUAUGAUAAAAUCUGUGAACUGUGGAAAAAACUGUGACACUGAUUGGGGAAGAAGGGCGUAAAACCAUUAAAAGGCUCAGGUAUCAGAUUAUCAGGGGGAAAUAAGAGAGGAAGUAUAAUAACAGAGCAAGAAAAGGAUAACUUAUCCACGACUCCAACUACUGGGACAGCAUUACUCCUUCCAGGGUAAAUUGUUGGAAGGGUUAAUUGUUAAAAGACCUUAAUAAACAGUUUUUAAAUGACCUUCUGUGGUCUCUAGUAGCACCUACUCGAACAAUGUGAGCAGAACCCACCUUAGUAUCACAUAGAUAGGAAAAGGGGGACAGUGCUGUUUUUAAUUAUGGUUGAAGUUUUUGUUUUAAAGUUUAUUCUUUUAUUUAAAUUUUCUUGUUAGCUCUAAAAUAAUUUCCUUAUGUGUGAAGAUGUAUGGGACUUUCACAAUAGGAGAAUAUGUAUUAUGUCACAGGGACAUACAAAUGGAGAACUCUCUCCCAGAACUUUGCUGUGUUAUAUUGUUCGUUCCAGCUAUCCGUUUAACCCCUUAAGGACACAUGACGGGUGACAUGUCAUGUCAUGAUUCCCUUUUAUUCCAGAAGUUUGGUCCUUAAGGGGUUAAAAGCAUGUAAAAAAUAAGUAAUGUCUUUGUCUUGAACAUGGAUUGAAUGGUACGAUUGAUGUAAUCUUAGAUUUCAUGUAUAGGCAUUAAUGUACAUAUGUGUCAUAUCCUCUUUGUGAACAAAAAAACAAUAAAAAUGUAUAAAUGGGAAAAGAAAAAAAGAAGCUAUUUAUGCAAAAGAUUUACUUUAUCGCUUGCCAGGGUCAGCUGUAAGAAUCACUCUUGCCCAUCUCCUGUAAUUUGAGUAUAUGUCAUGGUAGAGGUUUGCGCCUCUGAAAUCACAAAUCCCUCUAGUACAACAUGUUUGGUUUUGCUUUGAUAUUUGUCAUAAUACUGACCCUCUACCUCUGUGACAUUUAUUUUAUUAUGCCUGCAUUUCCCAUGUGCUACAUUACCUACAUUUUAUGAUGUCCACAUUGCUCACAUGUCACAUUUACUCUACCUCUGUAAACAGUAAAAGGGAAGGACGCUGCAGGGUAGAGUUUAGGUGAAGUUCUGUUCAGCCAUCACAGGCCCAAAAAUGUGGUAGUGUUUCAAUACUUUGCCUGUCUCUUAACUUCUGUAAGCAGAAAAGAUCUGUGUCACCAGCAAAAAACUGUGCUUAGGUUUUAGAGAAAAGUGUUGGGACUUUAACUAUGUUGUACCUACUUAAGUAAAUUUAAAAAUUGGGCAUUUCAUUCCAAGUAAAUAACUAUACCGGUAUUUGGGAUCUGCCUAACAUGACAGCUCUCUCCUGGAUAUAGAACUCUUUCUGGUCAUGUUACCUUCGAUAUCUGUAUACCAUUAGUGGUAGGGAGAGUUCUAUUUAUUUAAUUUUUUUACCCAGGCAGUUUUUUCACCUUUCUUUUUCAAAGGCUGUUAAUGAGAAACAGUGUGUCACUCAUUCAGCGCCUGUAAGUGUGACCAGAAGACCAGGCUUUCUGUCGCAACCUGUUUGCUUAUCAAGACAAGCAGUAAUGAGUUUUACUCUGAAAUUUCCAUUGAUUUGUCUUGAUGGUUCAUUGAUAAAUUCCCAUGCAAGCAGUAAGGAUGGGCUCCAAGGAGGUGUAAAAAGUAGUUCAGUGCAACUUGCUUUGAAAUGUAAGCCCAACUAUAAACACAAAGGGGGGCUGGAAUCCAUGUCUUUAACUCGGCUAUACAAUGUAGAUAUUAAUGAUGUCUGAUUUAAUAUGUGAAUAAAUGACAUGUCCUGUUGUUCAUGCUGUCUCCAGUGUUGAUAGUAAUGCUUCUAGUAUUAAGGAAGAGCUCCCACUGGUCAAGUCUAGAAGUGAAGUGGCAUCAUCUCAUUCAUCUGGGUCUCGAUCUGCUGCCUCGUCCCCUGGGUCAGCAUCCUCUCAGAGACUAAACAAACAUCGUAAGUGCACAUUCCUUUUACUUUCAAAGUAAAAGGCGUGAGGAAGUUAUUACAGACCCAAUAAAAAUGUGCUUGUUUGUUUGCUUUUGCUGCCCUUGUUAUUUUUAUUUUAUGUUUAUUUUCAUCUUGCCAUCACAUAGAGAAGCAGGGUGUAAAAGAUAAAAAUUGUUAUAAGGUGUGAAUAAGAGCAAAGGAUUCGGCAACCCCAUCAUCUUCUACGAAUGGCGUGGAUGUAACGCCAUUGUAAUGGGAGCGUCCCCCGAACGGCUCUCUGUCCGAGUGGGUUCCACUGAGCAGAAACGCCACAUGGAGUAGUAGCUCUGCCCAGUAUCUGCGUCCUAGGCCUCCUUCCUUGCUGACUCUGAUCCCUCCACAAUUUUUUAGUAUGAAGCUGCAUCAGGAGUGCUCUGUGAGAUAUCAGAGUCCAGGAUUCCAUGCAAAUGCUGUCGAAUUUAGACAGGAUUUCUCCUGUCAUAAGGCAGGGUAGUUGCUCAUUCUGCCUCUCCGCCAUCAUAGACUCCACACCUGAACACAACUGUGUCAGAUUAUAUAACUCCCACAGUUCUUAAGAAGAGGAGGGGAACAGGGGCCAAGAAGUUAUGUUCCAGAUGUCUGGUGCACCAUAAUAUGAGGAAGCACCACUUCCUUUGUUUAGAAUCAAUCUCUGUGUGUUCAGGCCAAACCCAGAUUAUGUCGGCCUCCAAAUUGCACCAGCUACCGUGUCUGAGCAUAAAUCUUUACUGGCAGUCUGAAAAGAAGCCACGGACCAUAGGCAAUGUAGUAGAAUAUAGCGUUCCAGCAGAAAGGCAAAGUGUUAUGCGUCCGUCUGACUCAGCAGUCAGGACCUGCCCUCGGACUUUUUUUUUUUUUUUAUGAUUUACCAUCCUUUUACAUUUUCAUGCUUUUUUAAAUUUUUUAUCUUUUCCUUUUUUUUUGAUUUUUUUUUUUUUUACUCUCAGCCACGUUUACACAAACAGUCAAAAGUAACAGUGCUGAUGGUUUUAUGAGGGAAUGAAAUCACAAUUUUCAACCACAAACAAAAUCCCUUCCCUGAGAACAAAUAUUGUGCCCUAGCUAGAAGUAUCUUUAAAUAUCUUUAAAUUCUGAAAUGUUGUUUUUACAAAUAAUGAAUAGAAGUAAGUAUUUGCAGAUGUUAUUAUGUCUGCUUAAUACACAUACUGAGUUUUACAAUAAUUGAAUAGUGUCAUAUAAGGUCUCUUUUAAUUUGUGUCUGCUAUAAAGAAUACCAAAGGUAUUCACUAAAAUUACAAUUGACCAUGAAAUUACAAAUUUUAGGCCAAAAUAGCAACACUGGAAAAAUAUUUCAAAUUUGGCUAUUUUGCUAUAAAAUUUGCAAAUUCCUGGUUAAGAGAUGAACACUAUAACCUAUGUGUUUUGCUAUAUUCUGUUUCAGUACAUAUAUUUAUCUUGCAUUUGGGAUUGCAGGGAAAGGACAGCAAAACCUCAGCUCCCAGAAUUCUCUGGUACAUGAUCACAGCUCCUCUGGCUCGGAGCAUAGAUCGCAAGGGAACAAACGUAAUCCUACUAUGUCCCCUCCUGGAAAGGAGCACUUGAUAGGCUCCGAUGCUACCGAGAGCACAACUGGAGAGCUUUCACCUCGAUCCAUGUCUAGGUAUGAUGUUUGCUAUAUUAAAGGAACAUUCUGAACACCAUAACAACUUCAUUGGACAAAACUGAUGAGAAACGUACAUAUUUUUCUCAAGCUGUUUUCAUGAAUGGAGAGCUACGGAUCGCCUGAGAGCGUUAGCUGACACUCUUAACCAAUCAGCAGCACCCCUGUCUGAGGCUUUCUGUUUCAAUAAUCUGAGAGAAGGGCAGAAGCAGAGUUAAACAGUGCUGGAUUCAAGACUUUCAGGUUAAAGCAUUCAGGAACAGUUUAACACCUAUAGAAAAGCCUGUGCCAAGUACCUGCAGUACGAAUAGUUUAAUUCCUAUGAAGUUGUUAUGGAGCACGAACUGUUCCUUUAAAACGUAUUUGUUGACUCUCUGUUCUGCUGCAGUCUCUAACCUUUCAUUUUAUUCUUCUCUGAUAGUGAAAUAUCUUUAAGGAGUAAUCGCUCAAGUGUCACAGAUGCAGUAGCUCAACCACCAAUAUCACCAAGACCUUCUACAACACCAGGAUUGGGAGUUCAAGCAUCAGUUGCAGCCACAGGGUCAGACCAAGGUAAUGCCCUCUUUAAAAAAAAAUAAAAAAAUCAUGAUAGUGAUAGCUAUUGAUCACUAGAGAUCUUUAGAUAUAACCUAUUUAACAGCCACCACCUUGCAGGUACCAUGCGGUUUUCUCCAGCAGUGCUUCAUCAGCGCAUGUCAACAGAGCUGAAUUAUCUCAGUGCCAUGGAAGAAUCUGUGCGCCAAUUGUGUGACAUGGAGCGAGCACGUGGAAUAUCAUUAGCCCAGCAAGAAACCAUUUCUCUUGCGCAGAUUCUUAAGGUACGAGCAUACUGGUCCAACUUGGGUGGGCUAAACAGCACAUAGACAUACUAAACAUGUAGCAAGAUUGAUAUCAUUACGCUGCCAUACCAUAUCCUUUUGUCUGCAACUGCAUUGUUUUUCUUAAAGGCACAGCAGCAACGCCAUGAGCAAAGUAUGGCCGCACUUCGACAACAGGCAGAGCAAGAGGCCCAAGAAAGUUUGAGGCAACUGGAAGAGGCACGACAGAAGGCCGCACAGGUAACUUGAUUUGUCUUACAAAGGUACCUGUUAAAGAGACAUUGUAAGCACCAAAGCCGCUACAUCUUAAUGUAGUUGUUUUGGUAAAUAAAUGCUGUCUCUUUUCUCUGGCAAUGUAAAACACUGCCAUUUGUACAAGACUGACACCCAUUAAAGACACUUCGAACCUUUAAAAAAAAAAAUCAAAGGUCUUCAUUCUAAUGCACAGCAUGAUGACACCAAAUGUUGCCAUUGCUUUUUUAUGAGAACAAUGUUUCUCUGAUGAUUUCACAAAAGACAGAGCCACUGCUGCAAGGAGAAUGCCUCAAUGCUGGAUUACAGGUGAGUUUAGUGUUUUGUUCUAUUUGCCUGAUAUAUUAAAUAAUGUAUGUUAACAUUUUAUUUUGUGUAGACACAUACUGAAAUGCUUCAACGCUUCCAGAAGACAAUGGAGACAUCUGCACCGCAGAAAACUAAAAGUCAAGAGGUUAGUAGACGUUCCAAAACCUUUCUUUGAAUUGGUACAGCAACAGAAUAAAUAAGUUUAUUUAUUUUUUUUAUGCCUAAAUGUCCAUAUAUUUAAAAAGAAAAAAAAGAAUAAAAUAUUUAUUGGGUGUUUGUCUUAAAAUUGGAAGCACUGAAAGAAUUUACAGGGGUGUAAGAUAUGUAGUCAAUACAUUGUGAAACACAGAUCUGCACACCAGCCAAGCCAGAAGACCUGCUUUUCCCACAGAAAUCUCAAAUCUGCACUGACAUUAUUACUGCAGGGGAUUCUGGUUGGGCAUAUGCAAACUAGUUCAACAAAGAAUCCAGUUUUUGCCUUGUUAUUCUAUUUUAGACAUGGAUUCCUUGGAGUAUGUGUUUGCUGUAUACAACAGCUUUGAAACACAACUCAACUGUCCAGUGACCCACUCAUGGACAACUGUUUUGUUUUUAAUGCAACCCAUCAGCAUGAGUGGUUACAGGCUUGCUAUAUGGUGCCAAUAAUCCCUAUUUUAAGUAUAGUUUUCCUAGGAAGCAAUCAAAUUAUAUGCCUACUAGUUUGGUCACAGUGUUUCAAUACUGUUGCUAAAAGAAAUAAAUUGAAGUUAAGUGUUGCUUUCUGUUUGGCAGAUCACCGCAAUAUGUGGAUAAAUUCUUAAAUGUACAAAGCGGUCCAGUCAAUAAUAAGCUGUCAGUGUGUGACCUACUUCACUCUGUACUCAAAGCCAAUCUUGGGCAUGCAGUGGUCAGCCCUGUAUGUGUAAAGUAGUGGUGAUCUGGUGUAUAUUUGGAAAGAAAUAAAAAAUGAUAGCCAGGGGAGGGCUGGCACAAUUCGUACAAACAAACUACAUUUCUUACAGAACAAAGUCACAGAUCUCUGUGUUGAUGAUCUAAAAAGUGUGCAAAUGCAGUGCUGUAUUACAAUGUGGUAUUAACUGGUAUUUCUUGUUAGGAGAUGGAUCGUGGUUCAGUUUCUUCAAUUAGCCCAGAACCUACUGUGACUUCUCUUGUUGAUCUUCCAAACAGAUUCCGACAACAUGGGACCAGGUAUUUAUGCUCCUUGUGUAUAUUUAAAGGAACACUCAGUGACCCUUAAUCCCUCCAGUUGAAGUUAGACCAGGGCUUGCAGCCGAUCAUUGCUGCCAAAGUAUGAAUUUCUUUUGGACAGUUAAUGUAGAAAUAUAGCUACCUCAUUAUCUUAGCGUCUGGAGAGGAGUUAGACUUUGUGUGCCAGGUAGAGCCCAAGUUUUUAUUAACUAUUCUAACAUUGUUUUACAGAAAACCAGGCGAUGGUGCCUAAAUUAUCAAAGCAACAUAUCUAAUGCAAUAUCCUUUUAAUAUAGCAAAAUAUCACUGUUUGUCGGACGUUAUUGUUGUUUUAUACACAAUUAUUUUUAAGUAACUCAUUUGCCAUGUACUUUUUUUCUGCUUCUUACAGGAAAAAAGGGUCUUCACCUCUGCUUUCUUCUCAGUCUUCCAGCAGUCCGUCCAGCUUUGGGGAACCUCCCCAUAGGUAGGAAUAUUAAACAGAAACGUAUGAUUCCUCCUCCAAACCAAAAAAUUCUAUAUAAAAAUAAUAAAUAUAUUCAUGUUUGGGCAGUAUAAAAGUACAUGGUCCGAUCAUUAUUCGAACAACGCAUUUCUUUUUUGCUAAAGGAACACUACACACACAUAAUUCACUUCAGCUGCUAAAUUGCUUUAUGUGUCUUGAAUCUGUCAUUUUUUUUGACAGUUUCUAAAAGUGCGAUAUCAAUAGAAAUUGUCACUUUUCUUAUUGGGAGCAGAACCACCUCCCUGCCUGUCAGACAGCCAGAGAGGUUUUCUUCCUCUGUUAGCUCCACUGAGUUAUCGAAAGCAACAGGCGUACUGGGCUGGUGCGUGGCCGCGCAGUGUGCCAUAUCUCACAGAGAAGCAUAGGAAAGCCACAAUCGCACGUGCGUCUCCAGCAAAGAGGCUUCUCAAUGAGUGAUUAUCUGUGCUGUAGGAAAAGUGUGUGUGGGGAGGGCAUUCUUGCAAAGGCUGUGGGAUUACUGUAAAUGAGAAUGUUUGUUCUGUAGGGGUACUGAGCAGCACAGUGAACCAGCUCCUGUGAUGGAAGCCACUGUUAGCCACAGUGAAGUUGAAGAGAGCAUUUCUGAAGAGUUACCAUCCCUGUCCAGGAGCGUUUUGGAGGAAAAGAGUGUGUCAUUUGAAAAUAAAGGUAAAAUUGCCCUAUACCUCAUGAGGUAAUUGAUACAGAUUCAGAAUUUAGAAUGUGUUUAAGAUGAGGCUGGAUAGCCCUGCAUUUUUAAUAGUAGCACUAAUUGCCGGUCUGUCUUCAGAAACCAGCUCCGCAGAUCCUGUAAGUGAGGAGGGCAUAGAAGAGCAAUCGUUCCGUUCUCUGCUUCCCUCUGAGGCACACAGACGAGGAAGUCUGGAGAGGCAGCGCAGCCAUCGUCAUGAGUCUGAUGAAGAGAGUACUCCAGACAAGGUGAAAUUAAAUGUUCAUUUGGUAAUGGAAUCUUAACUUUAAGGUGAUUUGAAUGAUUCUACUUGUAUAUUGGUUUCUUUACAGGAACUCAGCGGACCUUUUUCAAGUGGUCAGGACAGUUUUUGGCGAUUCACCAUGGAAAUGGUUCGGCAGUACAUGCAGGAAGGAGAAAUGCGUUCAGCUCACCAAGCUGCUCUUCUCCGCCUUCGCCAAAAAGCUCUUAAGGACAAGACAAAGGCUGAACUGGCAUGGCUAGAACAUCAAAAACGGUAGUUAGUCACCUUGUUUCCAAGCUGUUAAGUCAUGGUUCCAUCAGGUCUGGCCACAUUUAGCAGUCUGCCUAUUUAUUGUGGUUUCUAACUGGCCGAGGCGCCACCUAUUUGAAUAAUCUCUAGCCGGAAACUAUUUUGAAUUUAAAAUGUGUACAUUAUGUUAAUUAUAAGUGUUGAUAUUGUUUGCAAGUGAUGGCUGUAACACAGAUGUAAAAACAUAAGAGCAUUAUUGUAUAUUCAAAGUAAAGAUAAAACUUGAAAGCAUUUACCAAAGAAAAAAUAGUAUUUAUUGGGAGCAUAAGAUCUAAAAGACUUUUAAAUGCUGAGCCUUAGUGGAUUGGGCAAUCAUCUGGUUAAAGUGCCUUUAUAACUCUUUAAAAUACUGUAAAUCACUCUUUAAGCUUUAUUUAAUUUUUUUACUUUGAAGGACUUAAACACUCCUAACUCCUAAAGCACUUUAUCCUGCUGUAUGCUUUAUAUGUGAAGCUGAUCCUCUUUCUUUCAUUUAAAAAAAAAAAAGUGCAGAUUUCAAAAGAAAUUGGCACUUUUAUAAAAUAACCUUUUUACAGCUUCCUGGCUGCCAAUUAGAUAACCAGUCCUAUUACUUCCUGGUAGUUUAGCUCUGUGGAGCUAAACGCAAGAGGCAGGCAAUUGCCCAGAUCACCUGCCUUGUAAAGACUUCUCAUUGAUCUGCAUUACAGCCACAAAAAGUCUGGACUAGGGACAAAGGGAAGAAAGGGCUUACAAAGAUUGCGGGCAAGAGAUCUGUAGCUUUUGCAAGCGGUUUGUCUUAAAUAGCAACAAUGAAAAAAUGCAUAAUUAAAUAUAUGCAUGUUUUUAUGGGGGUAUAUCAACUAGACAGUUGUAUGUAUGUAUUUUUAUUUGGGCAGUGAAGUUUCCCUUUAAUGUCUAUUUUAUAUGAAUUAAAUGCUGCUAUGCUGUCUUCUAAUGUAACCUUAUCUGUUGCUGCUCUUAAGGCGCCUAAGAGAUAAAGGGGAAGAUGAUAAGAUGCCACCCCUGAGGAAGCGACAGCGAGGACUUUUACUGAGGCUCCAGCAGGAACAGGUUGGUGUGAUACCUGCAUAAUGAAAUGAAUGUAAAUCUUUCUGUAUUUCUUUGUGGGUUUUAUUGUUUUUAGAUUUUUUUAAAUUUAUUUUGGUGGGUGGUUUUGGUUUUUCCCCACCAACCUUGACAUCAUGUUUUCGUUAUCAGGCGGAAAUAAAACGUCUCCAAGAAGCAAACAAGGCAGCUCGCAGGGAAAGGCAACUUAUUCUGAAACAACAAGAAGAGAUCCAGCGCAUUCAGAACAGUACUCUGAGGCUGCAGGAGAAGCUGAAAUCUGCAGAGAAUGGGCAGCUGGUGAGUUUGUACCUUUUACUAAACUGUUAUAUGUAUUAUCAACUUUGCUGAUGCAAAAAAGAAAUCAUAACUUGUGUAUUUUGACACACUGGUAGAGUUUGCUUAUGGGGAUUUGCUGUGUUUGUUGUUGGGCAGACCAGGGCAUGCUAAGCACCCAAACAACUCCAGCUUAAUGAAUCAAUUUUGAUGUAUAGUCUCACAGUCAUGCAGUCUCACUGAUCAAUUCUCUGUCAUCCAGAAGUUAAAUUAUUUUGCUUUUUGCAGCAAAUUCACACAGUCUUCCUACAUAGAAAGACUGAAACAUUUAAUAUAUAAAGGGAAUCAACACAGUAAAGGAGGAGACUAUAUUUAAAAGAAGAAAAACUACCACAACAAGAGGACAUAGUCUUAAAUUAGAGGGACAAAGGUUUAAAAAUAAUAUCAGGAAGUAUUACUUUACUGAGAGGGUAGUGGAUGCAUGGAAUAGCCUUCCAGCUGAAGUGGUAGAGGUUAACACAGUAAAGGAGUUUAAGCAUGCAUGGGAUAGGCAUAAGGCUAUCCUAACUAUAAGAUAAGGCUAGCGACUAAUGAAAGUUUUUAGAAAAUUGGGCAGACUAGAUGGGCCGAAUGGUUCUUAUCUGCCGUCACAUUCUAUGUUUCUAUGUUACACACUUCCUGUAAAGAGAGAUAUAAUUGUUGUACUUCCUUUAUUGCACAGUCUGUUUAAUUUAGAAUUAAUUAUAGUCUGUUCUGUCAAUAGCUAGAUCCUGCAGGAGAUAACACCUUUUAAAGUAACCACAAUGUGUUGUAAGAUCUGAUUGACAUUGAAACCAUUUUUUCAUGCAGGCUAUGUCAGUCCCAGCUAGGGCUGCAUAAACAGAAUAAAAAAUUAUUUAUCUCCUAAAUGGUAGAUAAUCUAAUUAUUUUUAAAUCUUGUCAAGCUUUGUCUCGUGAUAUUUUUUGACUGUAUUGGAAUUUCAGUGAAUCGUCAAUGUGUUUAUUUCAUAAAGGUUCUGUGUUCAUGAAAUUCUCAUUUUUGAGGGUGGGUUUUGACAGAGCAACUUUUGAAAGCAAAUCCGUUUCCUUUUAAGACUUCAUCAAAGGAUUAUUAAAAGUAUCAUUUUGAGGUGACCUUUGUCUUUUAAACUAACAUUGUUUUAGUGCAUAGAGAAUCCUUUUUAAUGGUUCUAAGUGGGGAGCUAUGACAUCAUAUUCCUGCCAGAUGCAAAAAGCAGAAUGUGCGGGAAAAUAUAGUGGUUGCAAAAAUGGCUUGCAGGAUUUUAGGUAUAUAUGUUUACUGUUUGUAGGGACAAGAAUGUAUUUUUUUUCCCUCUGUUGUGAAAAUGUCUUUUUUAUUUAAAAUAUUUGUCAUUUCAAUGGGUAGAACUAUAAAACUUUUAAUAGAGGAAUAUGUUAUACAUAGGGUGAUUUGUUAAACGUUAUUGCUCUUUGGUGUUCUGAUAAGUAUGACAUCUGUUUGAACCAUUAGCUGCUACUACCUCACUUGUGUUAAUGUUUACAUGCAGGAGCUUCCCAGUGAAGGAGAUGUUCAGCCAAGCCCUGCGUCCACUCAGUUACCCUCUGAUGCUGAGAGUCGCAGUCCCUCCCCAGUAUCUGUGUCAGGCAGUGAAACCAGCAGCAUUAUGCAAAAACUGCGGAAAAUGCACAGCCACAUGGACGCCAAGUAAAUGUUCUCCCUUAAAAUUAUUUUGUUGUGUUUUAUAAAUCCUACCGUAUAUUUUUCAAACUUUCUAAUUUUUAGAUGGGUGGGAUAUAGGAGAAUGCUUUUUGCGCCACCAUAUGCUUUGCUUUCUCAUCAAUUCCUUACUCCAUAUUAUUGCAACAUAUUAUUUCUUCUUUUCUGUCUUUUGUUUAUUGUUCUUAACCUGGUGUGUUGCUGUACAUUAAAUCACCUAUUCAUACUGGCACUUUUUUCAUUCGUAAAGAUUCUGGUCUUCCCAGCCUUCCAAACCCAGGACUUUUAUGUGGCUGCCCCCCGUGGUUUUUAUGUUUUCUGAUUAACUUUCUUUUCUCCCUUGUUAAAUGUUGUGAACCUUAUUUUUCAAACUGAUGAUUUGGCCAUUUAAAAUCUAAUAUGUUCUUUGUUUUUUUGUUUUUGUUAUUUCCUCUCGCCUUGGUUAAAUCCUCUAGUAGCCAUGCCAUAGUCCUCUUCAUCGCAUGCUCUCUUCUGGUCCACUCUGUUACUCUUUCUCCCUCUCUCGUCUCCUUGGUAAACUCUCGCUCCUUUUCUUGUAGAGACAUCUGCCCUGUUCACUGCUUCUUCUCUGUCUUUACGCCCCAGCACUGGGCCUCUCUCAGUGUGUGCUUUCCCAAACUUCACCCCAAAUUCCAGCUCUAUAUCUGCCGCCAGCUGCUCAGGUAACGGCACCACUACCUCUGCUCCCUGCAUUGUGUGUGGGGGAGAAGAUGAAUCACGGGGGCAUGACAGUGUGCUGUUGGGGGCUAGGGAAGACAGAGCAUGUGGAUGUUGUGUAUCACACCCCCUUCUUCUGCUUGCUCUUCCCUCACCCCUACCUACCCCGUGUGAUGUUUUUCCAUAAUUUGGUGGUACUCACACCUUGACACUUCCUCAGGUUUUUAACAAAAAGGGAGCAGCAACUGGUGCAACGAAGACUACAUGCCCAAGAGCUGCUGGAAUGGAAGAAGCGGUUGGAUGCAGAGGAAAUUGAAAUCAGACGCAUUGAGAAGCAAGCACUUGCGGCUUGGGAUAACCAGAGAGCGAAAACAAAGAGUCCAGAAGUACUAAACACUACAGAAGGUGGGAUACCGAUUGAGUAAUAUAGAUAUAAACUGGGAUAGCACAAUCCCUACUAUGUAAGGUGAUAGUGGCUUAAUCUGGAAACAAUAUAUCUCAUUCGGAAACAUGUCCUGUUGGGCUAAAACCCCUACACUAGGAUCAGGAGUAAAAUAAAUUCCAGUUUCUCCUAGAAUUUCAUGAUUGAUUGAUUUUGUGAUCAAGCCAAGUAUCCUGCUUAAGAAAAUACAGGACAGAACAUGCAUUUAGCAGUUAAUGAUAUUCAUUUCGAUAUAUAGAUCAUUUAUCUGCAGUCUCAUUUUAGGAAUAAAACCAUAGCUGAUUAUUAUAGCACUGGAUGUGUCCAAUCCUUCUUUGAGCAAAUAGGAAGAAAAGUACAUAAUAUUUCUCUAGAAAAAGAAAAGGUACUCAUAAGGAAUAUUGACUUCAUAAUUACUUUAAAGGGACACUGUAGGUACCCAGACCACCACAUCAGCUCAUUGAAGUGGUCUGGGUGCUGUGUCCCUUUUGCACCUAGUGCCAAUGUUUACAUUGCAGCACUAAGUCAGCCCAGAGUGACUUUUUGUCCAAUAUCGGACGCUGGAGGUCCUCAUGCUCUGCUCAGCAUGAGGACCUCCAGUGUUAGAUUUUCCCCAUAGGAAAACAUUGAUUCAGUGCUUUCUUAUGGGGAGGUCUAAUGCAUGUGCGGCAUUUGCUGUGCAUGUACAUUAGAUACUGCUCGUCGUGGGGCGGAGCUUCAGGAUAAUGUAAGGGCGGGGGUGCGCGAGGGAGGAGGGGGCAGCAAAAAUGAAGAAACCACUUUAAGAAGCCUUUCUCAGGGCUGCAGAAAUGUAAAGACCAAAAAUCUACUUCUUCAUGGAGCUAAAGUUAUAGCCCGAUCUGCUUGUCCUGACUCACAAAAUAAUUCCAGGUUGUGGCACCUGCAUACACCCCCAGACAUAGACAGGGUCAUUCAUUAAACUAUGGAUUUCUGCAAAUUAAAUCCAAAUGGAAAAACUGAGACAUGAAAAGUUUAUUUGGAAAAAUUAUCCAGCUCAGAUAUAGUGACAACUUUUUGCCUCACUUUUUCAUUCAGAUUUAAAGGGACACUAUAAUUGCCAAAACAACUUUUAGCUUAAUGAAGCUGUUUUUGGCUAUAGAUCAUACCUCUGAAGUCUCGCUGCUCAAUUCUCUGCCAUUUAGGAGAUAAAUCACUUUUGUUUCUGUCUUUGUAGUCACAUCUCCCCUGGCUGAUACAGCCUGAAUGUGAAAAAAAAGGUUUUAUUUUCAGAUCAGAAGGUAACUAACUUUAGCAAGUUUUACCCCUGCUCUGUAAGUUGAACUUUAUUCACACACAGGAGGCUCCUGCAAGGUCUGGAGGGCUAUUAACAGAGCAAGAGCUAAGGAAUUACAGACUAUACAUGUUGUGCAAUAAAGGAAGUUUUUAACAUUAGCUCUCACUUUACAGGAAGUGCUUAGGAAGGCAUGCAGGGAGGUAUGACUAGGGCUGCAUAAACAAAAUGAUUUAACUCCUAGAUAACAGAAAAUUGAGCAUUGAGACAGCAGGAGCAUGAUCUAUGCACCAAAACCACUUCAUUAAGCUAAAGUUUGCUUGGUGACUAUAGUGGUUUUUUAAUUUGUGAAAAUUCAGAGUAACCCCUAGGGCCUCUCCCUCUGUCCCCGCAUAUUGUGUGUGUGUGUGUACGUAUAUGUACGAACAUGCAUGUAUUUGUGUGCAUGUUUGGCUUAACAGCAGGGCUGAAGGCCAAAAUGAUUGCCUGACUGACACCUUGAACUACAUGCCCCGGGCAUUGGGCAAUAUAAAUUCUCCUCUUUUUUUUACAUCUUAAUAUUCAUUGAAGAAUAAUCUUCUUUUGCCAGUAGGUCUUCCUGUUUACUGGAAAAAACAGUGUAUUUUUGUUGUUGAUCAUAGAAAGAUACUGCCCAGGUUCCCAGCUCAGUAACCUUGAUUGCAGAACGGAUGCCUGAUUAAUUUUGCUUAUGUAUUUUGAAUGUAAAGAAAUUAUGAGCAAUAUCCAAGUUACUCCAAAAUUUUAAUGACAAAUUAUGCGAUCACAUAAUGUUUAUUUUGACUUCCUACUUGUUAUUGCUUUUUGUUUUGCAAUAAAGGUUUUUAUCGACUGUUUCAGAGGACAACAAUGAAUAAUCACACAAUAGUGUUUCACUGGUUAUGUGCAGUGUUCAAUCAGUAAACACUUCUAUUCAAACUGCAAGAUUAAACAGAAUAUCAUUGUUUUGUUUUGUUUUUUCAAAUUAAACAACAUUCUUGAAAAGCAGGGUGAUUUAUUUGGGUGAGUAAAAGCAAUAGACUUGUGCACAGAUGCAUAUCAGUGGAUUUAAAGAGAUCAAAUUCCUUUUAAUCUACACCAGAACGAACCAAUCUACCGGACAUUUGUGCAUAAGUCUAAAGAGCAAUACUAAUUGAUUUUUCUUUCCUAUAGAGCAAGUGAGCAUUGAGGGCUCUCCUGGACUGUUAAGUUCUACGAUUCCCACCAAGGCGCCUGGGAGUCCAACAUCAGCCUAUGUGCCUUCUGAGACUGUUGAACACUCAAGCAUCGCUGAACAACUCGAACAAAGUGAAGACCACAGCAGUAUUUCUGAGGAGAUGGCAUCAUCGUUCCAAAGCAAAGGGGUAAUUCUAUCUAUUUAUCUAGCAGCCACGUGGCAAGGGAUUUGAUCAGGUGCAGGAAGCUCAGAUGUCAUGUGAUGAGUUCUUUGUUUAAAAUGGGUCAAUAUCAUCUUCACAUACCACUUCCCCACUCACUAAUACCGAGCCAACAAGUUAUUGUCCCGUGAAAACUGUUCCACAACAGCUGCAUACCCACUUUGUUACAUUUUAAAGAGUCCGACAAACAGUUUGAGAACUACCUAUUGCAUGGAUGUAAGCCAGCAGGGUGCAAUAUGCCCAAUCCUGAUGUUUUAUUUAUGUGUUUAUAGCACUUAAUAGCAGUACGCUGUUAGUAAGAGACUCUUAGUCUUCCGGUUAGUGUGACCCUUGCAGUUUACCCAAAGCCCUCUUUAAACAAAUGUAUAAAGACCUAAGCAUUUGCCAUAUUUGAAGAAGAGCCUUACUGAACCCUUAUUUAGUAGACAAAUCUCUGUAUGUUUAAUUGCAUGUGUAUUUUACAUGUAAAAGCUGCUUUGAAAAUAUGGAAUACUAAUGGGGGAGGGAGGGGUGCAUAUUCAAAUCUGGAGAGAAACCGUUUUAAAAUUAAGGCUUAAAUAUUUAGUAAAAUGGGUCAGGUAUGCAGGACUGUUGAACAGCCAAAGAGAGAUGCUGUAUCUAAUUAUUUCCCCUCCAAUUGGCUGGAGAGAGUUCUUAUUCACAACUGUGAUGUGAAAAUAAAUAUCAUCCCAAUUCAAUGUGUUUCAUUUUGUGCCUGAAUUUCAUCACUUUUUGCCUAGUAUCUCGGUAUUCCACAAAACACGUGACAGCAAUAUGGUAAGGGAAAUCCGCGUACCCUCUAAAUCUCUGUCAUACCCAUAAAUAUGACGUGUCUUGUUUCCUUGUAAGACACCUUUGCAUCAGGGAGGACUAGAUGAUGUAAUACAUGUCACACUGCUUUGCCAAUAGAAACCCUCAGAAUUGUAGUUGUACACGAACGAGGAGACUGCAUUUUGCCCAUCUCUGCUGUGCAGGAUAUGUUUGUUCCAUGAAUUUCUCUAUAGUCUCUUUUAACAUACAAUAUAUUUUCAUGUAAAUAAUGCAGUGAUUUCAUAAUUGCAUUAAUGAUUGUUGAGGUUUUUAUUUUUUUUGCAGUCUACACAAAAACAAAGCAAGUCCUUUAAUUCUGGCAAAGAAAGUUUGAAGUCUGCAGCCCAGCAAGCCCACAUCACUCUGAGACCUCAUCAGCUGUCUCAAACCUGGUCUGAGGAAUCUUUAUCUGUAGCACAUUCAGGUAAAACUCACUGUAUUCCUGGCUUAUUCACUCUUUUCAGCUGUAGACACCCCAUAUGACAAUAUUUGUAGUAGUAUUUAUAGGUAAAAUACAUAGGCAUAUCUAAUGGGUGUACCAGGCACACCUUAUUAGAAGGCACAAUUGACAUCCUUAUCCCCCCUUUAUGACCCUUCCUGUCUUUUUCUGUCAGUUUAUGUUCAUUUAUCUGAAAAUAAAAUUUAAGGUUGACUGUCUUUGUAUACACCGCUAUUUUGUACUUUUUUAUUUUUUUUUAAGUUAGUUUUAGUUUGAAUUAAAAUACAUGUCCUUCUUGAAUCAGUAUUCAAUAAAGUCUCUUUAUUUUAUGUUAAGCGACAUAAAAUUCUGAGUGCACACCCUAAUGAGUUUAGGAUUCCACAAUCCUCAUCUGCCUAGCUUCCAAGCACUAAAACAGCACAUGGUGACCAUAGUUUGUCUUUCACCUUGUAUCCACACCAUUUCUCUAUCUGAACAGAUGAUCCAUAAACAUUAAGUUCUAAUUUGAUAUUCAGCUUGCAAAACUUAAAUAAUAAAGAAAAUCUCCAACUCUGAUAUUUUAACCUACAUUUUGAAAGUCAAUACACAAGUUGCAAUUCCUGUUUUGUGAAUAUGACAGAUUGCCGUGACACAUUUAACCCCAUUUGUGUUUCCGAUAUUUUGAAUACGGUUUUGUGCAUAUUUUUGAACUGCAAAAAAAACAGCUUUUGUUUUUUUGUAGAGACUACAUCCGACCAAAGCGAUAUCGAGUGCCGCAUUAAAGCAUUAAAGGAUGAGCUGAGAAAGCGCAAAUCUGUGGUGGACAAUCUAAAGAAGGAGCAAAAGAGAAGGCAUAAAGAGAGACUUAAAGCACAGGAAGCAAUUCUGCUUAAGCAGCUACAGGUGAGCGAAUGGCACUUUACCAAUAGAGAUUGGUAAACUUUCAUAUAGAUCAUGGGUGCCCAAAAAGUAGAUCCUCAGAUGUUUGAAAACUGCAGCUUCCAUGAUGCUUUGCCAUUUGUGGGAGGUGUAGUUCUACAACAUCUAGGGAUCUACCGUGUGUGUGUGUGUGUUUGUCACGGCUGCUAGUGUGGUCCAACACGCAGAAACUAUGUAAACAUAUACAUAAAAAAGGAAAGGAAAUAAAAGGACAGAGCGUAAACUGGACCUUAGAAUGGCCGGACUAAUACUUUAGAGAUAGAGAAUGGUCAAAGGGAAAGCCGAGGUCAAGGAAGCCAGAAAUACUCAGAUACUGUUUAAAGUCAGGGGAACCAGAAUUCGGAAUAACCAGGGAAAAGCCAAGCUCAGGAUACCAGGAAGUAAUAUUCGCAAAGAUAAACGCACUCUCGGGAACCAGGAACAGGAAACCACGACAGGGCAAGGAACUGUAGUGAAAUAGGGAUUUAAAUAUUCCUCUCUGGGCUUUGAUUGGUCAGAGGGUGACCUCUGACCCCAGAACGUGCAUGUGCGUUUACGUCGUGACGUCACGCGCACGUCCAUAUAAAUUUGAGGGGCGGAGCUUGUGGUGUGCGUGACCACGUGGUCAGCGCCAUCUUUGAUUUGGGCGCAACACCCAGAAGACACGGAGGAACGGUUCCUGGCGAGCAGGUAAGCUCGCAAUAUCGGCGAGGUCGGGCACUGCUGCGCCAUGCGGCGGGCCGGGAGCCGCAAUAGUACCCCCCACUCGAAUACCGCUCACUGGGCGGGAAGGAGCCGGCUUAUGAGGGAAGCGGUUGUGAAACGACCGGAUAAGACGGAGUGUAUGAACCUGGUCAGCAGGAACCCAACAACAUUCCUCAGGACCAUAUCCUUUCCAGUCAACUAGAUAAGACAAAAUACCCCUGGAGAUUUUGGAGUCCAAUAUAGAACGAACUUCGUACUCCUGAUCACCCACUACCAAGGGCGGAGGAGGGGCAGCCAUUUUAGUGUAUCGAUUGCAAGUAAGAGGCUUAAGCAAGGACACAUGAAAUUAAUUGGCAAUUCUCAGGUGAGCAGGAAGUGCCAAUGAAUAAGUCACAGGGUUGAUACGACGGAGGACCCGAAAAGGACCUAUGUACCGAGAGGCAAAUUUAAUGGAAGAAACCUUAAGUUGGACAUGACGUGUGGAUAACCACACCUUGUCUCCUGGUUGAUAGACAGGAUUGGCACCCCGUCUCUUGUCAGCUUGGAUUCGGUAUCGGCAGUGGUUGUAGCAGCCCAAGAGGAGAUUUGUGAGAGGCUAUAGAAACGGCACAUAUUUGACAUGCCCCUACAUAAUCAUUGAUGUCGUUCCUAAGUUUAGGCCACCAGAACCUCCUGGAGAUAGCAGAGAGAGUUUUAUGGACUCCAGGAUGACCAGCUGUCAAAUUAUCAUGGAAUAAUCCAAGUACCUUUUCCUUAAUGGUGGUGAAACGUACAGUUUAUCCGGAGGUCUCUCCAUGGGUGCCUGAGUUUGAUCUGCUAUUAUGGCACAGAAGAGUGGAGAAGACACUUCGGAAAUUGUAGUGGCAAUAAGGCAUUCUGGAGGUAUGAUAGGGAAUACCUCUUGUUCAGGAACCUCAUCUGUGUCAAACUGCCUAGACAGCGCAUCUGCCUUGGUGUUCUUGGUCCCGGACCUGUACAUAAUUACAAAAUUGAAUCGGGAGAGGAAUAAUGACCAUCUAGCCUGACAAGAGGACAGUCUCUUAGCGUCCCCAAUAUAAGCCAAAUUCUUAUGAUCGGUAAAAAUCAGAAGUGGCUCUUUGGAACCUUCUAAGAGAUGCCUCCAUUCUUUUAGGGCAAGUACAAUGGCCAAUAACUCCCUAUUCCCAAUGUCAUAAUUUUUCUCUGCAGACGUUAGUUUUCGAGAGAAAAACCCACAGGGAUGUAAAGGCGUAUCAGGACUUUCUCUUUGAGACAGAAUGUCUCCUACUCCUGUUUCUGACGCAUCUACUUCUAGAAUAAAUGAUUUGGUUGGAUCGGGAAGUGUCAGGACAGGUGCCGAGGCAAAUAAAAAAUUUAAUUGCUCAAAUGCCUCCUUUGCUUCCUUGGGCCAUGAAUUGUAAUUUGCUCCUUUUUUGGUUAGGUUGGUAAUGGGAGAGAUUACAGAGGAAAAACAUUAAUGAACUUGCGGUAAUUCGCAAAACCUAUAAAGCGUUGUGUAGCUUUAAGGCCUUUGGGUAAUGGCCAUUGUAAGACUGCUUCCAUUUCGCGUGGGUCCAUUUUGAAAACAGACAGAGAUAUAACGUACCCAAGAAAUUGUAUCUCAGUCUGGUCAAAUUGGCAUUUCUCCAGCUUACAGUAGAGGCCAUUCUUUAACAGGGUUUUUAGUACUGUUCUCACAUGUUCGUGAUGUGUCUCUAAAUCUGGGGAAUAGAUGAGAAUGUCGUCUAGAUACACUAAAACGAACAUGUGGAGAUAUUCUCUAAGGACAUCGUUAAUGAAAUCCUGAAACACCGCUGGGGCGUUGCACAGUCCAAACGGCAUAACUAGGUAUUCGUAAUGUCCCAUUCUCGUAUUAAACGCGGUCAUCCACUUGUGCCCUUCCUUAAUUCUGACUAGGUUGUAAGCACUUCUGAGGUCGAGCUUAGUGAAGACUCUGGCCCCUUUCAACCUAUUCAAACCCCUAUAGUCUAUACAAGGGCGUAGGUCUCCUUCUUUUUUAGAAACAAAGACGAACCCAGCCCCAGCAGGUGAAGAGGAUCUACGUAUGUGACCCUUUCUGAGAGCAUCCUUUAUGUACUCUUCUAAGCAAAGAUUUUCUUGGGGAGAUAGUGCAUAUACUCCUCCCUUAGGGGGCAUAGUGCCUGGUAACAAAUUUAUGGCACAGUCGUAGGGUCUGUGUGGUGGUAAUUCCUCCGACUGUACCUUGUUGAAUACCUCCUUUAAGUCCAAAUACUGCAAUGGGAUUUCUGUGGUCAAGGGAGGCGCUAUAGGUAUAUUGAGGGUACCAAUUCGUUGUUGCACCUGUUUUAAACAAAUACCUCUGCAUCUCUCACCCCAACUCACAAUUUCUCCUUCAACCCAAUCUAAAUCCAAUGGAUUGUGUUUCUGGAGCCAAGGGAAACCCAGUAUUAUCGGACAUGUAGGUGAAGAUAUAAUUUGGUACACCAUUUCUUCAGAAUGUAAGAUAACCACUGAGACCGUCAUUGGCAGGGUUUCGUGGGGUAAGAGGUCUCCCAUCAAUAGCCUCUACUGCUAUGGGUCUAUCUUUCUGCCUUAAGGGCAGGAGAUGUUUGGCAGAGAAUUCCUUGUCUAGAAAAUUCUCCAUUGCCCCAGAGUCAAUCAUAGCCUCACACUGUACAGUGGUUUUCUUACAAGACAAAGUAAUUUUUAUAAGGAAACGGUUCUUAGUCAAUUUAGAGGACAUAUACAUCACACCUAAGGUCGGUCCCCGAACAUGCCUUAGGUGUGUAAGUUUUAUGGCCGAACCGGACAUGAAAACCUUUGAUGUCCCCUUUUGCCACAAUACAAACACAACCCCUCAUUGCGUCUGUGUUGUCUCUCUGCCUCAGUGAGUUUAGCAAUGCCCAGUUGCAUGGGUUCAGGUUCUGGAGGUGGAGCAUGGCUAAUUACCACUGGGUUAGAGAAACGAGGGGCUAUGGAUAAGUUAGAACGUCUAGUACGCUGUUGGUUUUUCUCUCUCUCUGAGCCUGUUAUCAGUGUCUAUCAUGUAUGCAAUAAAGUCAUUAAGGUUAACUGGAAGAUCUCUGGCUGCGGUCUCGUCUUGUAUAUUUUCCGCUAAACCUUCGGAAAAAGCAGCCACCAAACCGCUACUGGUCCAGUCAACCUCAGACGCCAAUGUCCUGAACUCUAUGGUGUAAUCAGCUAUAGAGCGGUUGCCUUGUUUUAUUCUCAUUAGGGCUCUGGCAGCGUUCUUUUCUCUCCCUUUUGGCUCAAAAGUAGUUUUAAAACCCGUUAGGAAUACAUUAUAAUCACGGGCAACUGGAUUUCCACUCUCCCAGAAGACACGGAGGAGCGGUUCCCGGCUCGGCGGCGAGCAGGUAAGCUCGCAAUAUCGGCGAGGUCUUGCCGGUCGGGCACGGCUGCACCAUGCGGCGAGCCGGGAGCCGCAACAGUGUGUGUGUGUGUGUAUAUAUAUAUAUGUAUAUAUGUAUAUAUAUGUAUUAUGUAUAUAUAAAAAUGUUAUUGCGGGGACUGGAGAAACCAUCAUAAACCACAAGAACCAAGGUCAGGAGCAGGAGAUGGCAUUAUUGUACCCUAGUGUAAUUUUUUGUUUCAUGCUUUUAUGUUUUUUAGGCCAGGGUUUGCGUUUGUGUUGGGGAUGAUGUUAAAGAAACACUCAUAUUUUAUCCAAUGCAUUGAAGAUUAAGCAAAAAUAUAUUUGAAAUAGAAGUAACCGAAUAAAUAGUGUUAUAAAACAGGAAAAAAAAAUUCAGGCACACACGGAAUUAAAGCAGAUUUAUUGGAUCAAAAAGGCAAAGCCUCUUAGUAGGUUGAAAUGUUUUUUGCCUUUUUUAUCCAAUAAAUCUGCCUGUGGCUUUAAUUCCGUGAGUGCCUGAAGAUUUUUUUCCUGUUUUAUUAUACGUAUUUUGGGUUUGCUGGGCUUGCUUUGGUGCACCCAUUUUUAAGUAUAUUUGAGUGUUGUUCCUUUUUUUCUGUUUCAAGAAUAAUGUUGACUAGUGAUGUCCCGAACGGUUCGCCGCAGACAGCGAACAUAUGACCCUGUACCUCACAGUCAGCAGACACAUUCCAGCCAAUCAGCAGCAGACCUUCCCUCCCAGACCCUCCCACCUCCUGGACAGCAUCCAUUUUGAAGCUGCAUUCUUAGUGAGCUGUCCAGGAGGUGGGAGGAUCUGGGAGGGAGGGUCUGCGGCUGAUUGGCUGGAAUGUGUCUGCUGACUGUGAGGUACAGGGUCAUAUGUUCGCCGUUCGGGACAUCACUAGUGUUGACUAAUACAUGAGUUGAAGAGUGCCCUUCUCUAACAAUCAUUCAAUCUAGUAUUUGUUGUCUAUUAUGCAAAUGACCUCUCAAUCCAGUUUGUGGUGCAAUAAAUAGUCUUUUAGUCCCUUUUUUUUUAUUUCGUAUUGUACAGUGGUAACCUUUACAUUUUUUUGUUUAAUUCUGUACAGAAUAUUUUAUCUCCAUAUUUAUGUGCAUUGAAGUAAAUAAGGGACACAAAUGUGCACGUUGUAACAGCUUCUAUAUACUUUUUUGCAGUCAUAUGAUGAAUUUAUUCUAAAAACUCAAGCUGAACUCAGUAGAGAACAAGGAGCAGUGCCCAAUGCAAAGUCUAGUGCACAAACUACAGUGGAUUCCAGAGAACCAGUUGGGGUCAUACCAGAGUCCAUACAGAGGUAUCAAGCAUUUUAUGGAAUAUGUGAAUUUAAGCAAACUUACUGAUUCAUCAGUUUAAGUCUUCCAGUGAUAUAGACCUUAUUAACCAUAUCUUGUCUGCUUCUUUCAGCUCUGAUGGUACACCCACCUAUAAUUCUGCAAAUGAGAAUGAACAUCAUGUUGAGCCUAGCACAAAGGCUUUUGGUAUGUAGAAACUGUGGUUACAAUUUGUUAGCAUGGCACGCAAUCCAUUCAAACCGAUACUUAAUAUUCUUGCUUAUUAAUUUAUCCAUAACUCAGGAAUCUUCAGUCAAGAGACAUCCCAGAAGAGAAGGAGAGAAACUGAGGCAGAGAGUUUCUUGAAACAGUCUGUUCAAGGCCUUCCAUCAUUAUCUGCAAAUGAGGACGUCUGUGUCCAUGAGCCACGUUCACCUUCACACAGAGACAAUGUGUCCUACUCGACACAUAGCAGUCCAGUGUCUAGCAUCCACUCUGAGGUCCCAGAGGAGAUGCUGGAAACACGAAGUGAUCACUCUGUAUCACCUCUGCCAGUCCUGAGUCUUAAUCUGAAGAGUCCCACCCCUGAUGAAAACCUACAAAGAGAACACUCAUAUUCUGAAGAUUUUGAGGAAUCUUCUCCCACAAAGCAUUCAGUUGGUGAAACCCCUCGUGAUGAGAGAGAAUUGUCAUACGCAACUACACCUGGGAGAGAUCUUCCCAGCGAAGUUUUGGAUGAGCAUGACGAAGAGCACCUUGAAUGUAGAUCGUCAAGCCCUAUCUUGCUAGAAUUGCUUGAAACCACUCCUGCUUCUGAAGAGUCAAAACCUUCCUUUGAUAUAACUGACCCCCUUGCAGACUUUCAGCUGGGAAAUAGGGUUCUGGUGAGUGGCGUACAGCCUGGCAUUCUCCGCUACAAAGGAGAAACUCAUUUUGCAAAAGGUGUCUGGGCUGGGGUAGAACUGGACAAGUCUGAAGGCAAUAACGAUGGAGCCCACGAAGGCAAACGUUAUUUUUCCUGUCUGAAUCAGCAUGGAAUAUUUGCACCGCCUCAUAAGAUUUCACACUUGCUAGUUGAGAAUGAGAAUUUACAUGAAUCUGAAGAUCACAUUUCUCCAGAUAAAAAGUAUCUUGAACAAAAGGAAGAGUUGGAUGGUUUUCAUAGUCCCACUUUUGGUGAUGUGCCUGAAAACAACAUUUUGGAGAUAUCCUCAUUAAAAAGCAAUGUGUCUAGUGUCUCAGAAGUGAGUACCAAAGCUUUGGAAGAGCAGUUUCACCCAUGUGACUUAAAAGUUGACAUCUCAGAACAAAUUUCAGCUGAUAAGGACAACAGCCUUACCCCUCAACUUCCUCUGCUAGAUAUUUUGGACAGUGAAAAAGAGCAACUCCUAACCAUCAGAGCUCAGGCACCAGAGCUGAACACUCUUUCUGAAAGUCUCUUGAAAUUCUGUCUGAAGGACACAGUCGCCUGUCUCCAAAAUAUACGCAAGCAACGGGCAGAUAAGAUUCUACAGAGCAACCAAGAUCUUCAGAGUUCUCCUACUACUAGUGAUAUCCAAUCAGAUAAUAACACACCAAAUGAAGAUUUGCACCUCCAUCUGGUGAGUAUUAAGAAUGUAUAUUUUCAACAUCGGAUAGUGUUCGUACAAACUUACUUAUCAAAGCUUUAUUGGCACAUAAAUAAAACAAUGUUUUCCAAAAUUUGUCGUAUGUUUAAAGGAUAGACAUCAGCAUUAGUAAGUAACAUACAAGCCAAGUGUUUUUGGGGGGGGUUGGUAUAGAAAAAUUCUAAGCAUGGUUAGAAUAUUUGCUUAUGAUUGCUGUUUUGGUCCAAACUACCCAAAGCUAUCCCAGUUUAUUUGCUGCAGAUUACAUUGAGAACAGUGGUAGUACAAAUAUUUCUAACAUUUCUGGAACUAAGUCCAUUCUCUAUGUUGGUACAAAUAAGAUUCUCCUUGGAUCUAUUUUAAAUUUAUGUCCUAUAUUUAGCAAUAUUGCUUCAUAUUUUUGUGAUAAAUGUGUGGUCCGAAUAUAAAGAUACAGGAAAAAUGUUUUUGGUUCUGGAAGCGUAAACAGCUUUGAUCUUUGUUCUUGUGGUUUACUAUGAUAUCCCUAGAGCCAUUUGAUAGCAUUAUUAUUUUUAUUCCAAAUACACAGUUCACUGUUAUGUACUUUAAAAUAUGCCAGAUCCUGGUUUGCACUGCAUAUUGCUUUCACAAUUGGGUAUAUUAUUUUGCAAAUGUUUUAUUCUUCUUUAAUCAGCAUCUGCUUCUUCGUAUCCAGGUACCAGCAUACAAUACCAUUUCCAAACAGGAUGUGGAGGAGUUUGAACCAAGCCACAAUCUUCUUACUGUACUUGGAGAGGAGCCUGACUGGUUUGAUGAGGACUUUGGACUGAGUAGCCGCAAAGCCCAGAAGAGAGAAAUGGAAAAGAGUAUGUCAGCAGAACUUACCCCUGAGCCAUGCCUAGUAGUACCCCUCCCGGAGCCUGCUCCCAAACCCAUUCUUCCAGUUCCCCAACCAGAACCUUUGAUGGCUGUUCCUCACACUGUACCAGAAGUAGAACAGUUAGUACAAGUGGCAGCUGAUGAGUUGUGGAGAUGGAAACAGCUUGGCGGAGAUCUUCAGAAGAUACGAACAUCUUAUACACAAGCUGGAGAGGAGGACCAUAAUACUGCUGUUUGUGCUUACAAGGCUGUAAGUUUAGUGGUUAUGUUACUGUCCAAUUGUUUUGAUAUUUUUAUGCAACCGUUGAUGAGUUGUCUUUAUGAAUAGUCUUUCAGAUCUUUUAGUUGUAUUUAAAUGUUGCUUUCACCGUUAAGCUUAAAUAUUGAUCUCUAUACUGAACGCUAAAAUAUUGAUUUAUGAACAGGUUCUUUGUUCUCUUGGAUAUUAAACUUGAUGACCAUAACAGUUUUUUUUAAUUUAUUAUAAAUAAAUAAAAACUACUGCUAAAAUGCCCCAAAAUUGAAUACGUUCCCUAAAUCAAAAAGCUGAUGGAGCCACUUAACAUUACUGUUUAAUCCUUUAAGAUGUUUCAAUCACAGUGACAAGCAUAACUAGUAAGAAAAUAGAUUUUACAAAUGUUUAGUUUGUGGUAUUUGGUGUAAAUAUCAUAUUGUUUUAUUCUUCGCAGAUUGUGUUUGACCUGACAUUGCAGAUAUUUGAUGAUAUAUGCUCUCCAGACCCUCGCGGAUCUCAGCCUCCUUGGAAGAAGCCUCCACGAGUUUCUCCACUGUAUGCCCGCCGGGUGAGGGAUCCUCACAACAUUGAAGAAGUGAAGGUAACACUUUAACAGAUUGGGUAACAUCAACUUUUCUAUCCGCUUUACUUGUUUUUGACUGGUUUCCUUUUUUAGUCUUUCUUAACAGAUGAAGUGCUUAGCCUCCUAAGUUUAAAGAAAACCCACAAUCAUAAAACAGACUGGCAGAGGAUGAUGAAGUUUGGGAGGAAGAAAAGAGACAGAGUGGAUCAUAUACUGGUAAAUAUUAAAUCAUUUAUUACUAUGACUUGUCCUUGUAAUUGUUUUGCGUAUCCUUCAGUUCCUGUCACUGUAAAGAUUUCUUUAAAUCCAUUCAAUAUCAUGUGCCUGACUGAUUAACAAUAUAGAUGUAAUAGCUAUAGUAAGCUCUAAUUAUCACUUCAUAUGUAUCCCAUUUAUUGGAUGAUGUGACCAUUUUAAAAAUGCAUCGUAAUUUUCCAGAGUGGUGCUGCUAAAAGAGCACUUGCUGGCAGAAGCAAAUCACGAGUAGAUUUCAAACUCCCACUAUACAGGAGAGAGGAAAGGCCCAGAGUGAGCUAGAAAUCUAUUGGUUACUUACUAUACACGAACAAACUCCUAAACAUAUUUUAAUAGAUCGACUCCAGGUGUAAGCCGUUUUUAAAGUGCUGCAUGAUCUAUGAUUCAUUGACAAAUUCUAUUGUUAAUGCCACCAAAGUUGUGAAUUCAAUUUUUUUUUUUAUAUAUAUAGUGUAAUGGUUUAACAUUUUGGUGUGUUUUUUGUUUUUUUUUAAACUUUCAAAGCCUUUAUUCUAUAUUGAUCUACGUACAGCAAAAUUAAAAAUAAGUAAAUGUUGUCAGUCGGUUUGAUAGUCAGCAUUGCAUAGUAUGCAAGAGCAUUAGUAUAGUUCAAGGGCUGCAUAGAAAGAAUCAGUCUAUAUCUUUAGCCAUACAUAAAAUAAAUGAAUAAACAAUAAAAAGGGGGGUUGGAGAAGGAGUGACAACCCUUCCAUGCAACUUUGUCUAAUUGAGUUUAUAGCAACCUAAUGUACCAUCGCUGAAUAGAAACACAGAUCAAACCACCGUUUAGGUAGUGUCCUUAGAUCCAGGAGGCAGUGGUCUCACCACUAAUAGUGGGACUAUAGCACACCAUGGGUUGGAGUCGGCAAGCCUCAAUGAACAGUAUUCCUCCGAUUCCAAGAAACUAUAUAAUUUUAUACCAAAGGCCUGCAACCCGCUCUAAAGUAGAAUGAGUCGAAGCUACAAUUAGUUCCAUUGAACGGAUCUCCUCAACUUUAUUUAGAGGACCCUCCUUUCUCAAAAAUAAUGGAAUUAAUGCUUUUGCUGCAUUAAAGGACCACUAUAGGCACCCAGACCACUUCAGCUUAAUGAAGUGGUCUGGGUCCCUGGUCCAGCUUCAGAGAAACUGCUAUGUUUAUAAAUAGGUUAAUCCAGCCUCUAAAGCCUCUAGUGGCUGUCUCACUGACAGCCGCUAGAGGCGUUUGCUUGCUUCUCACUGUGAAAAUCAGUGAGAAGACGCAAGCGUCCAUAGGAAAGUAUUAUGAAUGCUUUCCUAUGAGACUUGCUGAAUGCGCGCACAGCUCCUGCCGCGCAUUUGCAUUCAGCCGAAGAGGAGGAGGAGAGCUCCCGCCCGGCGCUGGAGAAAGAGGUAAGUUUAACCCCCUCCUCUCCCCAGAGCCCGGCGGGAGGGGGACCCUGAGAGUGGGGGCACCCUCAGGGCACUAUAGUGCCAGGAAAACAAGUAUGUUUUCCUGGCACUAUAGUGGUCCUUUAAUAAAAUGUCUGAUUAGGGAGCUUUUAUACACCUUAAUUAAGAGGUUAUGAUAAGGCCACAGAAUUAAUGCUGUAGUUAGCUAGACUGAGUCUUCCAAGACACAGGAAACAACAUUUUGAAUAACAGACUAGAAACAGGCCAGCUCAGGGCUGUCCCACCAAAGAUGUAAAUAAGUACUGGCACCACAACGCCAACAGGCAUCAUGAAUGCUAGAGGAGAUCCUGUGGAGAAAAGCUGGGGUACAGUACCAUCUUGGUAGAAUUUUGUAGGCAGACUUUUAAAACUUAAAGGAAAUUGAACAUCUGUGGAAAAAAAAAUAAAAGAAACUCAUUCUGCCACUGGUUUGGAGACAGGGAUAACUGGAGCUCUCUUCCCCCAAACUUCCAUAAAGCUAGGUAAGGCCAUUUCGAGUGGAGCAAUCAACAAAUUAUAAAUAGUAGAGAUUAGGUGGGUGGGACAGUCCUGCUUGUACAAAGAUAACACAAAGGCAUCUGUACAAUGAAGUGUUUUAUUUGUGAGUAUCCCCAUGAGUCAGACUAUGCCAGGGAGCGGGGCGCCACUAUCACCUCCAAAAUGGGCUGUGAGCUCUCUUAAUACGUGGUGCGCCCUAAUAACCAAGGAUGAGAUCAGUUGCAAAUACAAAUAUAUAAACUUGAGGCUUGGAGGCAGAAAUAUUUUGUUGUGGGAAAUCUGAUUGAGGUGAGAUGGAACAGAUGAGAUCUGGCUGUUUUUAACCAAUUUGUCAAACACUUUGUGGGACAUAUGGUAAUAUGUGAGCGACAUGCCUCCGUGUGGUUACUCCGCUCAAUCCAGGGACGUAUCCCCAAGGGGUCUGUGGAGCAAAUUUGUAAAGUGGAUACCUAUAGCAUUUCAGCUGAUGACAUAUGCCAAUCUAUUACUCUUGUCAAAAGAGCAGCAUAGUUGUGGUUUUUUGUUUUUUACAAUGUAGAUAUGUAUAGUGUUUUUUGUUUUUGUUUGGGAAAUAAAGCUUUCCUGACAAUGUAGCAGUAGCACUUAUGUGACUUAAGCUUUUACUGACAAAGUAAACUCUCGUCUGACAGGUACAGGAACUGCAUGAGGAAGAAGCGCAGUGGGUGAAUUAUGAUGAAGAUGAAUUAUUUGUAAAGAUGCAGUUGGCUGAUGGAAUAUUCGAUGCUUUAAUCCGAGACACUGUGCAAGUCCUGCAGCGCAUCCAAGAGAAGAAGAAUGUCACACUUCUAGUGUGA